AACUGAUGUUUGCUUGGCAGCAUCCGGUGGUGAUAAACGAACGGCACAGGCAUAUUUGACUUCGAAAAGAAAUUACAAGAUAGUUGUCGUUAUAUGUUGGUGUUCUCAGUAUAGGAUUUGUCAAAACCUCGUGGUGUUUCUCUUCCUCUGAAUUUACAUGUAAAACAAGCUAAUACACGACUCGGAAGGCAAGCUAACGCGAGCUAACAAUUGUUUUAGCUAAUUGGUUUAGAGCAGCAGUGCAAAGGUUAAAUUCACAGGUCGACGGAAUGCCACCGUUUCGCUGGUUAUGCCCAAGAAGUGCGUAAUCGACUCGAGACAUGAGCUAAUUUGUUGUUCGGACACAAAGUGGUUCCGCUGACCAGACAACUGCAGAGGAGAUGAGUCAGCUUUGGAGACGGGACAUACCUUUGUCAGAGAGGCUGGCGAAUGAUUCUCCAGCAGGCCUUGCACCCAGGGCUCCUGCCACCAUGCCCCCACAGAGCUCCAACUCCUCCUGGGUACCAGAAACCCCAGUGGUCACCCCGGAGCAGCCCUUUUUCCUCAUGACUUCUACCGCCCAAACAAUUUCAGGUUUUUUUGUUUGGACAGCGCUCCUGAUCACCUGUCACCAGAUUUACAUGCACCUACGUUACUACAGCUCUCCAAACGAGCAGAGGCACAUCGUGAGGAUUCUCUUCAUUGUCCCCAUCUACGCCUUUGACUCCUGGCUCAGCCUUCUGUUCUUCACCAACGAGGAGUACUACGUCUACUUUGACACGGUUAGAGACUGCUACGAAGCCUUCGUCAUCUAUAACUUCCUCAGUCUGUGUUAUGAGUAUCUGGGAGGCGAGAGUGCUAUCAUGGCUGAAAUCAGAGGGAAAGCCAUCGAGUCAAGUUGUGUGUAUGGGACCUGCUGCCUGUGGGGUAAGACCUACUCCAUCGGCUUCCUCAGGUUCUGCAAACAGGCCACUCUGCAGUUCUGCGUGGUCAAACCACUAAUGGCCAUCAUCACUGUCAUUCUUCAGGCCUUUGGAAAAUACAAAGAUGGCGAUUUCAAUGUGGCAAGUGGCUACUUGUACGUGACCAUCAUCUACAACAUCUCAGUCAGCCUCUCCCUCUAUGCACUCUUCCUCUUCUACUUUGCCACAAGAGAGCUCCUUGUCCCCUACAGCCCCGUGCUCAAGUUCUUCAUGGUCAAGUCUGUCAUCUUUCUGUCCUUCUGGCAAGGAAUGCUGCUGGCCAUCCUUGAGAAGUGCGGCGCCAUUCCUCAGAUAAAUUCCGCUGACUUUUCUGUGGGGGAGGGAACCGUAGCUGCUGGUUACCAGAACUUCAUCAUCUGCAUUGAAAUGUUCUUCGCUGCCGUCGCACUUCGUCACGCCUUCACUUACAAGGUCUAUAUGGACAAAAGACUGGAUUCUUAUGGCUCAUUUCCAAACUAUGGACAAUACGGCCGCUGCGCACCAAUGAAGAGUAUCUCCAGCAGCCUGAAGGAGACCAUGAACCCGGGCGACAUGGUGCAAGACGCCAUCCAUAACUUCUCGCCGGCUUAUCAGCAGUACACCCAGCAGUCCACACUGGAGCGAGGCGGAGGCCCAGCUCUCUCUCGCAGCCACAGUAACGUCAGCACCAGAGGGGACAAUGAGAAGACCCUGCUGCUCAGCUCCGACGACGAGUUCUGAGACUCCAUCAAGGUCCUCUGGAGUUUCCCUUUACUCUUGUAGCUCUUAUUUCAAAAGCCAUGGCAGACAACUCAAAGGUUAGCAUUGUUUUGCUGAGCUAUAUGUGUGGCUUAUGAGAGAGCAUGGAGAGGAUUGAGAAUAUUAUAUAUAGAGUUGGAGUUCUAUCUAUAUGUUUGUUAGAUGGUACAAUUGUGACUUUUAUUCUUGAUGCCAAUGUCAUAGAGGCCAUUAGAGCCCGUAAUUUGGAUUUGCAAAUUGUGUUUGAUUUGCUAUAUGGCUUCUCUGAUAACUGCACUUUAAAUAACAGCUACUGAGCUGGAGCUACAAAAGUGCCAUCAUUUUCUGACUUGUGGUUUUGCCAUAUUGAAUCUCGAUUUGAAUUUGUGCCGGAAACCUUGCCAAAUAGUGAGAUGAGGAAAAUGUGCUCCAAAUAAUAAUUAACACUGACCGAUUUCUUUUUUUUUUUUUCAAGUGGGUCAAGGCUUUAUGUUUAUUUAUAAAAAUGAUCCCACAUAAGCCAUUAGUUAUUUCUUUUUCCAGAAAUGGCAUUAUAACAAUCUCAUGACGUGACUGAACCUGACGGCCUGCUAAUAUUUGUGACUCACCAAGGGAUGUGAUUUAGGAGAGAUUUUAGUGAGCCAGGAAGACUGACAGAAGGACAACGCCCACGCAGAUUACUGAAUAUGCAGCACGGCCCAGAUGUGGUGUGCACUGGAUUGUAAUCCCACAAUUAAGGUCAUUGCAUGUAUUGCAGCUCCAACCAGCCUUGGCCCCAACCUUUUAAGGUAACAUUGAGUCAAUAGGUCCGUCAUAACACACAGAUAGACGAAGAUAUUGAAAAUUGUAAUCACUUGUUUCUAUAAUGGAAUUCUUGCUUUUAGGAUGCAGCGAUAGUGUGCGGGGGGAAAAAAAGGGAAAUGGAUGAGCCUCAUGUUAAGAGGCAGUCGGAACUAACCCAUAUUAGCACGGUUAUUAUUUCAAGACAGAAACAUUGAGUAUAUUUUCAUCAAUAAGAUGCUUUUAAAUUUGUGUCUUUGCAGCAGCCAGUACACGUUUGUGGUUGUGAUGGUAAAUGUUUGAUGGUGGAGUAAACCCCCAAUGUUGCCUCGAAGUAAGGGUUGUGCGUUGUGGCAAAUGCAAAACAGUGCAUUGAAUUUAGGGACCGAAAUAAGAGCCAAAGUGUGCAUCCUAAUUCAAAACUAAUACUGAGGCCAUGAUCAGUGGAUGCAAAAAGCUGUGACGACUAUCCCAGUUGCAUUUCAACGCCGUGUCUAAAAUGAUUAAUACAUCAUUUAUCCAGACUUUUAAUGAAUCUUGGUGCUCUUAAAUCAUUUUCAUACAAUGUUAAGAUCCCAUAUUUCAAUCGGCUGUAUUACAUUAGGACACAUUCCAGUAAGAAAAGAAUGUUGUGAAUACGAGUCGACGCACUGACAAAACAUUUCAUGAUGACUUAAAUUGCUUUAUAUAGUGCUAUGUUUUGCUAUUUUAAUUUUUAUACAUUCCUGUUGUCUUUCUGUUGUAUACAUUUGAUCUGUAUAUUCUUGGUGAUACGUAUAUACUUUUAUGCUGUUGGAUUUUGUUAGUGUUGAAAGGGAAAUAAAGAUUUAGACAGAA